AUGGUACCAAAAUACUCAGACAUUCCUUUGAUCCCUGGAAAGAUGGGCACCUUCUGCACCUGGCCGUAUGCCACACGCCUGAAAAUGAGCUACAACCUCUUCCUCCUGGCUUUUGUCCUGGGCAUUGGUGGAACUUUCCAGUAUGGGUUGCAGGUCUCCAUUAUCAAUUCUCCUGCCGAGUACAUCAAAAGUUUCAUCCGUGAGGCCUGGAUGAAGAGAUAUGGAUCUUCUCCCAGUGAAGAGAUCAUUACUUUGAUGUGGUCCUUCGUUGUGUCCAUUUACAGCAUCGGUGGGCUCCUGGGCUCCUUGUCUGCCGGGUAUUUGUCUGUUAGGUUUGGAAGGAAGAAGGUCAUGCUGCUCACCAACAUCCCCGUUCUGCUGAGCGCAGCUCUGAUGGGACUCAGCCGGCUGUCUGGAUCCUUUGAGAUGAUCAUCAUUGGCAGGUUAUUAGCUGGAGUUUGUGGAGGUUUGGGUCUGAAUGUCCACAUCAUGUAUGCUGGGGAAUGUGCCCCGCAGAAGCUGCGCGGGGUGAUUGCCAUAACAGCUUCCACUGCCAUCGCCGUCGGCAAGUUUAUAGGAUUUGCUCUGGGUCUCAGAGAAGUCCUCGGGGUGGAUGCUCUCUGGCCAAUUCUCAUGGCAGCAAACGCGCUUCCUGCCCUCCUUCAGCUUCUCACCCUGCCCUUCUUCCCAGACUCACCCCGCUACCUGCUCAUCGACAAAAAGGACAAGGAGGGGUGCAUCAAAGCUGUGAAGCAGCUCUGGGGAGACGGCGACCAUGUGGCCGAAAUAGAUGACAUGGCUGCAGAGCAAGAAGCCAUCCGUGGGGAGAAGGCGAAGCACGUCUGCGAUCUUUUUCGUGACAAAGCUGUCCGCUGGCAGCUCAUCACUCUCUUCCUCGUCUCCUCAUGCAUGCAGUUAAUCGGAGUCAAUGUGGUUUACUUUUAUGCAUACAAUGUCUUCCUACAAGUUGGAAUCUCCCCUGCUCAAACCCGCUACGUCUCCCUGGGAGUUGGGGUCACCGAGAUCCUCACCACAGUUCUGUGUGGCUACCUCGUAGAGCGGGCAGGGAGGAAGACGCUGCUGUGGAAAAGCUACACGGUGAUGGCCCUGGCUUUAGGGCUUCUCAUGGUCACACUCACACUACAGGAUACUUUCUCCUGGGUACCGUAUUGCUCUGUUGUACUCAUCUUUAUCUACAUCAUGAGCUUUGGCAUUGGGCCAGCUGGAGUGUUAUGCCUCCUGCCCACAGAAAUAUUUAUUCAGUCAUACAGACCAGCUGCUUAUGUUUUUAAUGGUGCUUCAAACUGGAUCCAACUCUUCUGCCUUGGCCUUGUGUUCCCUUUCCUUGUGGAAGGCCUUGGCAGUUUCUGUUUCAUCAUUUUCCUGGCAUACUGUCUGUCCAUGGCUAUCUUUGUUUUCCUGGUGGUGCCAGAGACCAAAGGAAAGACGAUGCUGCAGAUCAUGGAGGAGUUCAACCGCCUGAACUGCCGUGGGAAGAAGGGACAGCCGGCCCUACCGCAGAAUAACUGCUCACUGAUGAUUGUUACUAGACUUUAAUAACGAACUCUCCAGUCCAUAUUUUGUUCUGAGACUGUUGUGUUCAUAUUUUGAAAUUACAACUUUUUCUGAGCUGCUUGUGACCAUGUUUCUGUGACAUGCAGCAUGGUAUUUAUCUUUUUUUUUUUCUUUUUUUUUUUUUUUUUCUUUUUUGGAGAGUAUGUGUUGCCACAUUUGAAGGAGAAAGGUAUAAAGGACAUGAAAUUCCCGGGAUAAAGGAGACACUAUGUUAGAGAAGCAUCCAAACAUAGCCUGCCAUCUCUAGCCAAGGUUACUGUUUUGUACGUUGUUUCUGAGAUUCUUCUGCUCGGGCAUACAGUGAUGCACCAGUACUGAAAGAAAGCAUGACGAAGAAAACAGAGCUGCAGACAAGCACGAGUAGGCUAAUCCACAGCGGGUCUGUUCUCCUUCAUCAGCAAUGGCAACGGAGCAUGUCUUCAGCCUGGAGUUACUGUGUGUCAGAGACGAGGAACGCUGAGUUUCAAUGGGAUUCAGUUCCCAAGAGUUUCUGGUACUGAUGAGACAAAGAAGUGUGGGGCCUCUCCCAGAGAGCCCGACCUGUGUGUGUCUGAGUAUUUGCUUGUCUCUCCAGGUCUCCAAGUAGUCCACAUUCCCGUUACAAAAUCUGGGAAAAGGGCCUCACUUUUUGUAUUCAUUGCUAUACAACGUGACAUGCCCUUGCAUGUAGUGCUUUGCAGUUUGCUAAUAAGGAAAUAAAAAAAGCAGUGACUUGGAAAACACAUCCCACUGAUCGUGCCUGCAUUUGGCUUUCACUGAUCGAAGAGUCAGGGGCAGAGGAGAGCCCAUCUCUGGGGUUGUGUUGUCAGGGUCAAGGAAUCCUGUGUCUGUUCUGGAAAUGAGACCUUCACUACUGGCUGUUGCAGAGUCUAAACAAUGCAAUAAAAUCUGCA